UGAAAAGUAAAGUACAUUUACACUCGAAAGGAAGGAACCAAAACUUUUCUCUCUCUAGAGAAACCGUCCUCACUUUCACUGUCUGCAACUUACACUAGCUUUCUUGUCUGAGAAUCUCUCCCCUUCCAUUUUUUCUCUCUCAAGAUGCCGAUCAACAAAGACCCAUCGACACCUCCGCCUGUCAUCGGUAAAAUCGGUCCUUACACCGUCUUCAUGACUCCUCCGGCGACUCCAAAACCACCUGAAUCUCCUUCCGCCGUCUCUCAGAAGCCCAACCUUCCACCGCCGGUUCUUCCACCGCCUCAGCAGUUUAAAUCGGUGGCUUCCUCUGCACCGGACGGCUCUGUUUUGGGGUUCUUCAAAAACGCCGCCACAAAGGUUCAAAAUGCACAUUCAAGUGUGGAUGAUCAUUUGGUGAGAUGGUUUGGCUUAAACCAAUCUAAGUACCAGUGGGCUUUGGACGAGUAUUACGAAGGCAAAGGAUCUGAAAUGAAGAGCGUUAAAGCAAAUGAGAUGCCUGGGAAAGUACAAAGCGCAUAAGCAACCAUAUAAAUCCACUUCCUCUCCCUUUGGCCAGUCUCCAAAACUUAAUUUUCUGGGAGAGUUAAGAAAUGAAAAGCUUGAGUGUUGAUGAAAGUUUUCUUCAGGUGAUCAGUCAUUGAAUCCAUUUAACCUUAGAGAUCUGUUUUGCUAUGUUUGAGAGGCUAUGUAGCUCUUUGUAGUCUUUAUUAAACAAAUCUCCAAAGGAAAAUGGAGUUGCAGUGAUCAUUUGGUUUGUUGUUAUUUUAAUCACAUUAUUUUAUUUUAAAUCUUAUCAUAUA